CCGAGCGCAGGGACGCGUCUCUGCUGCGGCCACAUCGCAAGGUCCCCUUUGUGAGAGCAAACAAGGGCCAGGGGGAUAACCGCGACGUGUGUACGUGCGCACAACUCCUUUCGCACCGUACAUAGCCAAUCGCGCUCAUCAGAUCUUCAAGGGGGACCUUGUAGGGACACUUUCCAAGGAAGUCCUCUUCCGAGAAGUCCUCCUCCGGGAUUCCCUUCCAGAGGACCUGCAUCAAGAGGUCUUCCAGAGCCCCGAAUGAGACCUCGAGAGAGAAGCUCCCCGAGAGAGAGAGAAGCUCCAAGAGACCUCGAAGGAGACAUCCAGGUGCCUGUUUAGCGGAGAUUGAGGCCACUUCGUCUGCUUGUUCUCCACCAUGGGCUGUCGCCGAGGCUUGCUCAGUCCCCUGGAGGUGUCUCUGAUCGUCCUCUUCGCGCUGCUCCUCGCUGCCAUGAUCGGUCUCCUGGCCAUCGGGUGGCUCGCCUCCGAGGCGGGCGUUACAGAAGAGUCGACGCAGGUGAGCGGCGUGAGGGCAGCCGAGGGUUCGUUCCGCAUCACGGCCGGAGCCGAUUUCAUGCCGGCGCUGGGAGACAGCAGCACAGACUCGUUCAAAGUCCUCGCCUACGACAUCCAGAGCCUGCCACCCUGUGUGCGCUGCCCUUGUUUGUUUGUUUUGCAGAUGGAUUCUCUCUAUUCCUCCAGCAGCCUCGCCCACCUCUACUCAUUCACAAGCGUGAAGGAAUUCAAGAAUGGCAGCGUGAUCGUGGCCUUUCUGCUCAACUUCCACUCUGCGGUGACGCAGAGUGUCGCCCUGGAGGCACGGAAAGUGCUGAUGAACGCCCUGGCCGGUGACGCCGUGAACGCGCAGCACGGCACACUGGGGCGUUUCAGCAUCGAGUUGGCGAGCGUUGACAUCAGUGUGCCCAUCCUGAUGACUACCCACACACCCGUCACCAUGACGACCACCACUACCCGUAUACCCAUUACCACGACGACCACCACUAUCCACACACCCGUCACCACGACGACCACCACUACCCACACACCCGUCACCACGGCAAUCACCGCUACUCACACACCCGUCACCAUGACGGCCACCACCACUGCAAGUGACCUCUCAUCGGAUUCUGUGAGCACGACAGGCCCGCUGUGUGACCCUUCGAGCUUCUUCCAGUGCAGGGAUGGCAUCUGCGUGCCGCUCGCCACGCGCUGCGACGGCCUCCGUGACUGCGCCGAUGCGGGAGACGAGGAGGGGUGUGUGUCCAGGUGCGACGACAAGUUCCUCUUGAAUGAGACAUCGGGAAGCUUCCAUUCCAAAAACUUCCCAGACAGCUACCCCAUCGGCAUCGUGUGCCACUGGAUCGUGAGAGCGCCGCAGGGUGAAGCCAUCGAGAUUCGCUUCGUGGAGUUUAAUCUCGAGGCGGAGGGAGCCGUGUUCAUCCCCUACGCUGGGCUGGGCAGCGACAAGCAGCGCACCGAGCGCUACACGGGCUUCGCCGACCCGGGCUCCGUGCGCAUCCUCCACAGCGACGCCACCAUCGUCUUCUCCUCGCUGGAGGGCAACGUCCCCAACCAGGGCUUCAACGCCACCUACACCAUAUUCCGGCUGGACGUCCUCACUGAUUACCAGAAGAUAAACUGCACCUUUGAGGACGGCCUGUGCUACUGGCAGCAGCUGGUGCCCCAGGACAACAAAUGGAACCGGCAGACCCGGCCGGGGUUCCCCGGCUUCGCUGGACCCCCACAGGACCACACCACAGGCGCAGGGUAUUACAUCUUGGCCAAGAUGCCCAUGUCCAUGUCUGAGAUUGUCAUGUGGAGUUUGGAGCUCGAGUCCAGCAAUGGGCCCUACUGCCUGCGAUUCUGGUACUACAUGUUCCAGGGCCAGCAGAGUCCGCUGUCGGUGCAGACCCGGAGCGCAUUCGGAGAGGCUCCCCGUGACGUCUGGACUCAGAUGGACGACCAUGGGCAAGUCUGGGUUCCCGGUCACGUCACCCUCAAUGAGUCUACCCCUUUCCAGGUUCUGUUCGUGGUGCAGACGCGGAGACGAAACCCCCACGUGGCACUCGACGACAUCGCCCUGGAGGCGGCCCAGUGCCCCGAGGGGCCCGACGCCGGCCCCACAAAGGAGCCGCUGCUGCCCAAGGACUGUGGUGGACCUACGUGGCUCCGAGAACCAAAUUCGACAUUCACCUCCCCCAACUACCCUGGCCCCUACAUCAGCGAAGCGCACUGCAUGUGGCUCAUCAUCGCCGACGAUGGCAACAACGUCCAACUACACUUCACGGAGUUUGCGCUGGAACAGGGUUUCGACUUCGUGGAGGUCAGGGGUGGAUAUGGCUACGAGGCCAACUCCACCUUCAUCGGCCGCUUCACGGGCGCGGGCCCAGGAGGCGACCUCUUCUCGCCCUCCAGCCUCAUGUCGGUCAUCUUCCUGAGCGACGAGACCAACACCGCGAGGGGCUUCCACGCCAACUUCACGACGGGCUUUCGCCUGGGCCUGCCGCCCCUGUGCUCGGAGGGCGAGUUCCAGUGCCGAGUGGGCGGCUGCGUGAGCGCGGCGUCCGUGUGCAAUGGCAGCUGGGAGUGCGGCGACGGAUCCGAGGAGAGAGGCUGCGUCCGUCUGCUGGACCUCUCUGUGCCGCCCCCCAACGCGACCGCCCGCGGCGUGCCCCAGCUGUGGACGCAGCGCGACGCCGCCUGGGGGAGCGCGUGCGCGGACACGUGGAGCCGGAGCCUCUCCAACCACACCUGCGUCUCCCUGCACUACCCCGACGCCCUGACGCACGACGAGACGACGGAGGCCGAGGGCUACGCUCCGUACGUCGUCGUCAGCGAGACGUCGUCCGGCAUCGAGGCCAGCCCCGUGGAGCGCUGUGAGAGUGGCAGGGUGGCUUACGUCUCCUGCAACCCAAAAGACUGUGGACGCCGCCCGCUGGUUCCGGACGAGCCUGGCCCCACGUCGAGGGGCCCAGCGGCGUUCUCCCCGUCGGGGCGCAUCGUGGGAGGGGGCGAUGCGGAGGCCGGAGCGUGGCCCUGGGCAGCCGCCCUCUACCACCAGGAGAGGUUCCUGUGCGGCGCGGCGCUCCUCUCGGCCCGCUGGCUCGUCACGGCCGCCCACUGCGUCAUCGGGAAAGACUGGGACCCGGGCACGUGGACUGUGUACCUCGGGGUCCGCGACCGGCUGCAGGCGGCGUCGCCGCCCGUCGUGAGGGCGUCGAUCGCGGAGAUCCACAUCCACUCGGGGUACAACCAGGCCACCAAGAGGCACGACGUGGCCGUGCUGCGGCUGUCCGAGCCCAUCGCCUUCACGGGUCACGUGCAGCCGGUAUGCCUCACGGAGCCCGCGUGGGAGUUCCCGGCGGGGUCGCGCUGCUGGGUGGUGGGGUGGGGAUCCACCUUCGAAGGAGGCUCCCCCGCGGCCGUGCUGCAGGAGGCUGCCGUUCCGCUCCUCUCUAACGAACACUGCCGGCCGCUGCUGCAGGACCGCUACAACAUCUCCGCCGACAUGGUGUGUGCCGGCUACGAGGAGGAGGGAGGUGUCGACCACUGCCACGGCGACUCUGGGGGGCCCCUGUCGUGCGAGCGGGACGGGCGCUGGUUCCUGGAGGGCGUCGUCUCGUUCGGAGUCGGCUGCGGGAAUCCCCGACGCCCGGGGGUCUACGCCCGCAUCUCCACGCACGCCGCCUGGCUCUCUGACUUCCUUCACUACCACUGACUCACUCACACAUCAUACACCGACUCACUCACACAUCAUACAAUGACUCACUCACUCAUAAUACACUGACUCACUCACACAUCAUACACCGACUCACUCACACAUCAUACACUGACUCACUCACUCAUAAUACACUGACUCACUCACACAUCAUACACCGACUCACUCACACAUCAUACAAUGACUCACUCACUCAUCAUACACUGACUCACUCAUUCAGCAUACACUGACUCACUCACUCAGCAUACACUGACUCACUCACACAACAUACAUUGACUCACUCACACAUACACUGACUCACUCACUCAUCAUACACUGACUCACUCACUCAUAAUACACUGACUCACUCACACAUCAUACACCGACUCACUCACACAUCAUACACUGACUCACUCACUCAUCAUACACUGACUCACUCAUUCAGCGUACACUGACUCACUCACACAACAUACAUUGACUCACUCAGACAUCAUACACUCACUCACACAGCAUACACUGACUCACUCACACAUCAUACACUGACUCAUUCACUCAUCAACAACUCACUCACACAUCAUACACUGACUCACUCACUCAUCAUACACUGACUCACUCAUUCAUAAUACACUGACUCACUCACACAUCAUACACUGACUCACUCACACAUCAUACACUAACUCACUCACACAUCAUACACUCACUCACACAUCACACACUCACUCAUCAUACAUUGACUCACUCACUCAUCAUACACUGAAUCACUCACACAUCAUACACUGACUCACUCACACAUCAUACACUCACUCACACAUCACACACUCACUCAUAAUACACUGACUCACUCACACAUCAUACACUGACUCACUCACACAUCAUACACUGACUCACUCACACCCCAUCCACUCCCACCGACUCACUCACACGGCACGUCUCCUGUGUUUCUCCUCUACCCCUGCACGACACUCGGCCACGUGGAGUUGUGUCGAGGUGCUGUGCGCCUCGCGUCCUUUCCUUGUUGUUGUAUAUAAUGCACGUGACCCCCGCCUGCCCCUUGAAGCACUGCACUGACUACAUUGUUAAAGAAGGCAUUCAACACACGAUGUAACACAAUUUUUGUUCCUGGGUCGUAAGUAUUCUUUCCUAAUUUCUUAUGCCUCAAAAGUACAGAUAAUGGCUAUUAUUCGGGACAAACAUUGCUUUUUUGACCAGGACAGUGAUAUUUUUAAAUUUACCUAUUUUCCAUGAGAAAACGGGCGAAUUUGUGUAUUUUUGCUCACAUAAAGUCCGAAAAAAACAACAUAUGGAUACAAAUUUACGUAUGUAUACUAAAGUAAUACAAAAAUGACGACAAAAGAUUUAUGUGAGUAGUUUUUCAAGAUUUAUGAUUAUACCGUAAAUCACUUUCACGAAUCAGCCCCCAAAUGCAGUCUCCUAUCAUGUUCUCGUCAUACUGUCCUUGGUAGCGGCGUUCAAAUUCCAGUACAUCCUGGUGGAAGCGCUCGCCUUGCUCCUCCGAGUACGCUUCUAUGUCCUCCUUGAAUUUAUCAAGAUGAGCAUCGAGGAUAUGGACUUUGAGGGACAUCCUACAUCCCAUUGUGCCAUAGUUCUUCACCAGUCUCAACCAGCUCCACGUAGUUUUCGACUUUGUGAUUGCCCAGGAAGCCACAAACCACUGUGACAAAGUUGUUUCAAGCCGCUUUCUCCUUACUAGUGAGCUUCUUGGGGAAUUCAUUGCACUCCAGGAUUUUUAUCUGUGGUCCGAUGAAGACAGCAGCUUUGACCUUUGCCUCAGACAGCUUAGGGAUUAAGUCUUGAAGGUACUUGAAGGCUGCCGACUCCUUAUCUACAGCUCUGACAAAUUAUUUCAUAAACCCAAUUUGAUGUGCAGUCGUGGCAUCAGCACCUUCCGGGGGUUCACCAGUGGCUCCCACUUGACGUUGUUCCUCCCCACAGAGAACUCAGUCUGCUGUGGACAGUCCCACCUGUGGUAGUGCGCCUUGGUGUCCCUGCUGUCUCAAAGGCAAAGAUAGCAGGGAAACUUGGUAAAACCGCCUUGGAGACCCAUCAGGAAUACCACCACUUUAAAGUCAACGAUGACCUUCCAGCCGUACUCAUCAUACUUCAAAGCGUCCAGCAAGGUCUUGAUGCUGUUGUAAUCCUCUUUGAGGUGCACCGAGUGAGCCAGGGGAAGAGACGGGUACUUGUUACCAUUAUGGAGCAGCACGGCUUUGAGGCUCAUGGAUGAGCUGUCAACGAAGAGGCGCCACUCAUUCUGGUUACAGGCGAUUCCGUUUGCCUCGAACAGACUGGUCACAUUGUGGCAGAGGCAGAGCAAAACUCUUGACGGGUGAAGAAGCUGAAAAAAGGUUGGUGACGCUUCCUCUGAUCUUCGACUUGCACACAUUCAUCCAACAAGUUCCACUGCUUGAGCCAAGACGACAAAAGCUCGGCAUUGGACUUGUUGAGACCAAGAUCUCUGAUAAAGUCGUUGAGGUUUCUCUCCUCAGCUCCACCUCUGAAAUUGUCAUCUGGAUCUACAAUGUCUUCCUCGCUCUCUGACUUGCUCCUCUUUUCUAAAGACGGCUGCUCUCGCUCCGGAGGAGUGGGUACGAGACGCUCAUGGCAGUGUGGCACCGGGGCGAUGGAUGAAGGAAGGUCCGGAUACGUGAUAGCAGGUGCAUUCCUGCCAGUCCGACGUUUGGAAGGGUCCACCAUGCAGAAGUAGCAGUUGCUUGAGUGGUCAUUGGGUUCCCACAGAUUAUUGACUAAUGUGUAAGAGAUUCUUGCAACAUUUUUUAUGUAUGAUAUAUUUUUUCAAUAACAUUGAACAUUUUGAAAUAUUUUAAAAUUAAAAACUUUUACAAUUGAAUUAAAAAAAAAAAUUAUAACAUCAAAUUCCGAGCAAAAAUUGUACAUCUUACCUUCCAUUGUUUUUUUGCAUUGCUCACAGGUGAAAUGAAGUGCGCAGGGUUUGCCUUGAUCCCCGACAGGCUUGCCGAAAUAUGCCUUGUAGGCCUCACACAUCUUAUCAGAUGCUUCCACAUAGUACUUUUUCGCUCUUGUCUUUGUAAAUUGACCACAGACAUAGUAAAAUGCAUCUGCCGAAUGCUUGCAGCCUCUUGAUGCCAUCUCAGAAAAUUGCUGAUAUGUAUCCACUUGGGUAGCUGGAACUAAACAGAACUGGUGGGCUUAAGGCCCUGUAUUUAUACUAUUUAUAUUACUGGAACGUUCUAGAAUGUUCUAGAAAUCACUGCAAGUUUACUCAGCACUGAAUCUAUCUGGAAUGUUCUGUAAAAUAGGUAAAUUUCAAAAUAUCAUUGUCCUGGUCACAAAAGCAAAGUUUGUGGGGAAUAAUAGCCAUUUUCUGUACUUUUCAGGCAUAAGCAAUUAGGGAAAUACUACUUACCACCCAGGAACAAACAAAUAAAAAACAUUUUGUUAGAAA